CGAGCUCAUUGCGAGGCGGCUGCAGCUGGAGCGGACCGGAGCCGGGAGCGGGCGAGUGACCUCGGGGACAAGGGGCUCCGUGAUACCGUUGGAGGAGCUCGGGCGACAACGCUCCGCGUCUGCUUCGCGGACAUGCGAAAGUUCGGGAAACUUGACUGGUCCUCGUGGGCAGCCCGCUAAAACGACAGACGCGCGGACGCACGCACGCACGCACGCACCCGCGCGCGCGGGGGGGGGCUGGCGACUGGCGACUGGCGAAAGCUCUGCAGCAGCCACCCCGCGGAACUUGUCGGAGCUCAACAUGACCGGCCUGGUGGGGCCAUCCCCGAUGAGCCGCGGCUCACCGACUCCAAGGCACCCGCUGUGACACGAUGUGAACCGCCGCGGACUUGGGCAGCUUCGAGGCAGCGUGAUGGAAUCACAGAAGCCCUUAUGAAGUUCAACGUUUUUAAGAGCCACUCUUCCUGGAAAUGGCAAGUCGUGCCAUAUUGAUGGAGCGGACCGCGGUUUUGAUAUGUAGCGUGUUCAUCCUAAUCAUCGGCGCGUGCGUCGGGUCUCCUAACCACGGCCGUCGGCUGGUUUGCUGGAAAGCCAUCCUCAAGUGCCAUGGAGAGCCGGAGUGUCAUUACGCCUACGACCAGUACCUGCACGCCUGCGCAUCCGUCAUCAGCGGGGAGCGCAAGAAGUGCCCCAGUCACUGCAUCUCCUCCCUGAUCCAGCUCAAUCUCACCCAGAGCGGCCCGGCUCUGGAGGACUGCGACUGCGCCCUGGACUCGGUCUGCAGGGGCACCAAGCAAGCCAUCGAGCCGUGCCUGCCGCGGACCAGCACCAUGGGCUGCACGGAGGCCCGGCGGCAGUGUGAGAUGGACCGGUCCUGCAGCUCUGCCCUGAGGGAUUAUUUAUACCACUGCCGGAAACUUUUCGGAGGAGAAAGAUGCUCGGACGGCUGCCGCAGAAUGAUAGCCAACAUGCGCUCCAUUCCCAAAGCGCAACAGCUAGACACUUGUGUGUGCGACGGCACGGAGAGGAACAUAUGCGAGUACAUCAAAGUCAGCAUGAAAACUUUCUGCUAUGAUUCCGGGGACAGGUUCGCGGGAAGCGGAUUUUCAGACACCGAGGAGGAUUCCGAGGAGGAUUACAUCGACCAGGAGGAUUAUCAGUAUGUGGAGAACUCAAGUGACUCCACACCUCAUCGGACUGUGCCGAGCGUCCUGACCACCAUUUUGGUUUUAACCAAAUUUAUCUGAAAAGAUGCUGCCGCUUAGGGCUCAUUGCGGAUCAACACCAGAAAUCAACACAUUUUUCUCAUUAAACUAACACUUUGGGUUGUUCGGUUCUACCUAAACCCAUUCUGCUACUCAUCUGCACAAAUUGCUAUAUUUCAGGGCAUUUGCUGUUUACUAAUCACUCAUAUCAGCAUGCAAAUGACAGUUUGUGGAUCAGAACAAGUGGGUUAUAGCAUAUGUAGCCUAUUAGUUAUACAUCAUCUACGCGUUCAAAAAUGUUGUUAGUCAUUUAUAAUAAUGUUAGUCUGAUCAUGUUGAAGGAGCCUAUUUUUGUAUGUUAUCUAUAUAAGGGUAAAUUGUACAGUAUAUUGUGUAAAAUAAUUUUUUGUCAAAAUAAUCCGAGUGAUAAGAAGAUUUGCACUGUAGAGGAAUAGCUGAGUCCCCCUCUUUUAUUGCAUUGAGACCACAGAGGAAGGAAAAAUGUUUUGUGUAAAAGUGCCUGAACGUCUUUUUGUUGGUUUUAUUCGCCAUUAUGUGACCAUAUCAGAGAGAGGCUGUGAAAGCAGAGCAAUUCUUUUUUACCAGAUGUACAGAGACUUUCUCCACAACCCCUUCAUUAAAAACCAAAGUCGAUGUAAGCCACUAAAAACGUGUCUCGAGGCCCGGGACAGAGCGUGCGUCUGAAAAAAGAAGCCCUUAGGACUGAUACACUUGACCUUGUAAACAUGGGUGUUUGGAUAAGGUAUAAAGUGUUGGGUCUUUGAAGUUCGAACACAUGAGAGGGAGGUGAGCUCCUCCUCUUGGGGAUUCGCAGCACAUACGGAGCCGAGAAGCAUUCGCUCAGUUUCUUUAUCAUCAGCCGAUAUGUUUGUUAGAACGUGCCCAUUAUGAAUACACUCCUUUGAAUGUACAUGCACAUUAAAUUAAUAAGAGUUUUAAAAUGACUUUUCUUUGGACUUAAAUCUGUCUUGAUUUUUUUUUGAAUGAUUCACGCUUCACUUGAUUAAAGGAGCACAAGGCAACGUUAGUCCAUUUACAGUGAUCUUUGUCUUUGAUGUGUUUAAGUACCGUUCCCCUCUGGGGUGGUGAUUAACACAAUCCCCAGAUAAAUCGAAGAUGAAAUCUUUUCUGAAGCCAUUUAACUCAAUCAUUUACCAGGUGUCAUUGAAACUACAGUCAUUUCAGCCUUACUGUGGUUUGUAGAGACCUUACUUGUUUUUUUUGGGUUUUUUUACCGUAUAUGCUCUUGUGCAUGUAAAACAUCUGGUAAGAGACCUUAGCCACAAUGACUCUUUGAAUCCCAGUUCAUCUGGUAAAUUUGGUAUUUACCUAAAUUCACGGAGUGUCAGUACUACUCAGAAAAGGUUUUAGGCCUUGGAACAAUUCAAAAUCCAAAAAUGACCCACCUUAAAUUGUAUAAAUCAUUAGAUAAAAGGCUCAGCAGUGUCACCAUGACUGUUUACGAUUAGUACAGUUAUUCCAACAAGCAAUACAUGUCUUGUGUAGUGGUGACAGAGUGUAGUUGUAAAGACAAAUUAACUGUUACACGUGACAGAUGUGCAUACAGUUUCUUGGAUUCUUUUUAAACAGAUGUCAAAGGCAAUCAAAUCUUAGGUUUUCUGUAUCCACUGUAUAAUUUGUAAUCAGUGGUUGCUGUGGUGCUGCAGGGAACAUGUGUCUAUUUACAUGUUGUGAGUCAGUCAGCUCUCUAUACUUAGAAAAAAGCCAGUGUCCCCUCCUUCACUUGUGAUAAUGGGUCUUGAAACCAUUGAUGGCAGCCACGUUGCUUUUCAGGGGAAAGAGAUGGGCCCUCCAGCCCAUUGAUUGGAGGAGAAGUCGAGUGGCACCUCUAUUAUGGCGACGCAAAAUACACAAUGGCGCGGCGGCACAAUGUGGGGGCACUUCAUUCACACUGUUCCUCCGUCACCCUUUUCAGGGAGUGGGGGAGCGUGAGGAGACAGCUAUCCCAGAGGAAGGCAGAGCAGUUGUGUGAGAAAGUUCAGUUUUAUUGCCUGGUCUGACUGAUACUCUCUCCCCAGCUCAGCUUUCAUCCGUGCGGCAGUUAGUUCUCUUCGAGCUAGAUGUUUCGUUGUCUUCUCUAUCUUUCCCUCUCAGGCUGCCUGGAUGAGUGUCUGUUGUGGCUUGGCAGGCUUUAUUGCACGAUUUGACUUCACUCUGACAAACAUGAGCUAUCAGUGGGCUUAAAAAGAAUGACCCAAAUAAUAAAUCCUACAAUGGCAGUGAUUGUUAAAAAAUACCAACAAAGUGAUGUGGCGAAGGGCAUUAGCGGGCCUUUUGUUAUUAGAGGCGAAAGCCUGCCGCUGUCUCUUUAAGAGAGCAGACCUCUGCUCCAACCAUUAAUAAUUGUAAUGCCUUUUUAUUAUUGUUGAGAAUAAUGAAGGGAUGAGAGUCAUAUGGGGGCCCCAGACCAUACUUUGCCCUGAAAUGUUUUCAAUUAACUUUUGGCACCAGAGGAAAAUAGGAAUGUUGUGGGGUUUUUUUUGUUUUGUUUUGUUUUUUUUCCCAUGCUGAAACAGAAAAGAGUCAACCUGUGCUCUUGGUUCAGGGACCAGAACCUCAUUAAAAUUGCCUCAUCAUAACUCUAGCUGUUGCCUGGCCCACCUCCCCUCUGCCCCGCCCCGAAUCCUUCGUCCUCUAGGGUAACACUCAGGAGAAGCCAAUAGACAGCAUGACUUUAGUUUUAGUUUAUAGACUACAUUCAGUCAGACCAGUGAUGUUCCCAGGUACCCUCUUUUCUCAUAUCGCUCUUUUUAUGGAUAAUUGGCUGCUGGUGUAAUGUGUAACGCGCUCAAUGUUUUUCACCCGACAUACUGAAUAGCCAUUUAAAUUUCAAUAUAAGGUGAAAUUAUUCUGGUCUAUUUUGCAACUCAGCUCAAUGUCAGACAGCGUUUUACAGUUACACUGCCAUCAGUGGCAAUGAAAUAACUCCCUUCCUCUUAAAUUCCCAGUGGAACUUUGCAAAACAUUUUUAAAACGGCUCGGCCACCAGACUGACUUUUUCCUGUUUAGCCUAUUUUAAAACUCGCAGUCCAGGAAUAAAGAGAACUGCCUCUAAUUCAGUUAAGCUGAUGUCCGCUCCUUGUGAACCCAAAGAGAGAUGCAGUAAAAAAAAGUCGAAACGGAGAGAGAGGGUACAGGAAGAUUUAUACGCUGAAAGGAAGAAAAUGGUUCUCCACAACCCGAUAUCUCUUGAAGUUAAAGCUGCGACAGAUAGAUUUAUAACCAAACAGAUAAACAGACGGAUUAGCCUGCCUCUCUCCUCCCUUUUGGAACCAGCAGAAACUGGCGCACGGCUGAGUGAGACCUCGUCCUUGGUCAGAUAGCCACAAAAUUUACUUUCAUGCAAAUAGCCGAGUAAUAAUGUAAUGAAUAUUGCAGAUGUCUUGACUGUAAUCUUAGCUUGGGUUUUCGUUUGUUGCCCUCAUUCCAAAUACUAAAACAAUUAGUUUGACCAUUUCUUAUUUGUUUCAGUCAUUUAUUAAGAAAAAUGAUCCAACUUUUGCUGAUCCCAUCCUCUUAAAUGUGAGGAUGUUUCUGUUUUUAUCUGUUUUAUGUCAUUGUAAAUCAAAUAUCUUUAGGUUCUGGGCUGUUAAUCUUUUUUGUUAUUUUAUAGACUAAAUGCUUCACCCACUAAUCAAAAAAAAAAAAAAAAACCUCAUAAAAUGCACCUCCAGCAGCUGUAAGAGAAAAAACAAAAACUAAUUGCCAUAUAUUUGCUUACUGUAAUACUGUAAGUGUGACUAUGUAACAAUAGAUAAGAAUAACAUAAUAAUGCUUAAUUUCCCUUCAUUUUCUUCCCUUCAGAUUCUCUUGAGUCAGCUCUUGCUUGUUUUAUUUUUGUGAUAAAAAUCGCAAUAUCUAAAGUUAACUAAUAUUAGCUAGCAUUAGUCACCAAGCUGCUGGUCAUACCAGACCAAAUAAGGCUGUUGCAGCAAAACGUCUGAGUGUACUGAAUUCGGUUAGGGCUUGUUUUAUUACUCAUAAAUUCAACUUUUCUUUCCCAAAAGGAGGAUUGUAUUAUUUCUUUUUUCAAAAGUUACAGUUUCGAGUUCCAUUUAACUCACUGCUAGAUUUGGGUUACAGUUCAGCUUUGGCCGAAAAUAAACAAAAUUAAGUGAAAGCAAAGUGAAGUGAAUAAACCCCAGAGACUCAUAUUAAUUGGGGGCUGGGGGGUGGAUUUGAAGAGGGCAGUACCCUGGGCUUUAGUGAGGUGGAAAAGGUGGAGGAGGGGUUGAUUUAUGAUUGAGGGUUAAUGGGGGAAGGGUCUGGUCGGGGAGAGGGGCUGUGCUGGGCUGGAUGUCAGGGAUUUCAAGCCUCUCUGAAUAGUGAUGCAAAGAGGGAAUAUUUAAACAGCCAAUAAGAUGGGUUUUCUCCAUCUGAAAUGGCUGGAUAGGAAUAGUUAGUUGCCUCCCCUGUUUCCCUCCUGCAGCCCAGCCAAAGAGCAGUGGUGCAAAGUUUUCAAUGAGUGACGGAGGAGGAGGGGGGAGCACAAAACAUAGCUGACAAGGGGCAUAACUUCAUUUCCACGGUGCUGGGACAGCUGUGUGGAGUAAUCUGCCGUAGCAGCCCCCUAAAACUUCAAUGCCUUUAGUGACCCAGGGAAGUGGGGAGGGGGCGACUCCAACUGUGACCAGGCGUUUAGGAGCGCGAGGGGGCUCCUUUCACACCCUUCCAAAGGCUUUUGUUAAAAAAAAUAUCCCUUACCUCUUCCUCACUGAAAGCCGGGGCUCUAUGUUUAUGAGAUGAGACAACAAUGGGUUGCAUUCUGAAAGCAAACUUAGAAACUCAGUUUCCUAUGGCCUGUGAGAAGCCAUUUUCAGAGUUUUUAGUACAAUGAACUUCAUUUUCUCUGUUUUCCAACAUAUUUUUCUUGUAGCUUGCUUGAUUAAAGUGUCAAGAAUGUGUUUUUAAAAAAUGUUUGUAAGGCAGAAAUAAUAACUACAAGAUGUAAGUUCUAUGUGGUUCUGCUAUGCACAUAAAAGGUAAAAUAUUUUUGUUGCGAUUUAUUUGAGAUUGUAGAUUUUCCAACAUUUACACUAUAGUAUGUCCAAAUGGCAAGUUGGGCGCGUGAGUACAUUGGAAAUAAAACCUGC